UUUUUAUGUGCAAUAAUUAUCCCCUUUUCUUUACUUCUGCAGGUCAUGGCUGCGCUGCUAGCCCCUGUGCAGCUGCUGGCAGUGGCUGUAACAGUUUACCUAGAGCUAGUGAGAUCCAUUCAAGGGGGCGUCUAUUAUGGGAUCAAGCAGCUGCCACCCCAAAUCCCGCAAUAUCAGGCCCUUGGACAACAAGUACCUCACAUGCCACUGGGCAAAGAAGGCAUUCCAAUGCAGCACAUGGGCAAGGAGGUGCCACACAUGCAAUAUGGAAAAGAAUACCCUCAUCUGCCUCAGUACAUGAAAGAAAUCCCCCAGCUGCCUAUGCUCGGCAAGGAGAUGGUGCCAAAAAAAGAUAAAGAAAUUCCAUUAGCCAGUUUGAGAGGUGAGCAAGGUCUCCCUGGUGAGCCUGGACCAAGAGGGCCACCAGGGGCCCCAGGAUUACCAGGUCAUGGAGUGCCAGGAGCCAAAGGAAAACCAGGUCCACAAGGAUAUCCAGGAAUAGGCAAACCAGGUAUGCCUGGAAUGCCUGGAAAACCAGGAGCAAUGGGGCUCCCUGGGUCAAGAGGUGAGAUGGGACCAAAGGGAGAGAUUGGAUCUAUGGGAAUACCAGGGCCACAGGGACCACCAGGGCCUCCUGGACUGCCUGGAAUAGGAAAACCAGGUGUUCAAGGAUUACCAGGACAACCAGGAGUAAAGGGUGAACCAGGAAUGAAAGGACCACCAGGACUCCCGGGGCUUCAAGGGCCUAAAGGAGAAAAAGGCAUUGGGAUUCCAGGUUUACCAGGGUUAAAAGGUCCACCUGGGCUACCUGGCCCUCCAGGUCCAGUUGGACUCCCAGGGAUAGGCAAACCAGGAAUGAUUGGGUUUCCAGGACCACAGGGACCUAUAGGUAAACCGGGACUUCCAGGUGAACAAGGGCCACAAGGUCUUCUUGGGGCACCUGGGGUUCAAGGUCCACCUGGCCUUCCAGGUGUUGGAAAACCAGGUCAAGAUGGAAUCCCAGGCCAGCCUGGAUUCCCAGGUGGAAAGGGGGAACAAGGCUUGCCGGGUUUACCAGGGCCCCCGGGCCUACCAGGAAUUGGGAAACCAGGAUUUCCUGGGCCUAAAGGUGAUCGUGGCAUGGGUGGUUUCCCUGGAGCACUGGGGCCUAAAGGUGAGAAAGGGCACAUGGGUCCUCCUGGCAUGGGUGGGCCUCCCGGGGAGCCAGGUCAACCAGGAUUACCAGGAGUAAUGGGGCCAUCUGGUGCUGUUGGUUUCCCAGGACCAAAAGGAGAAGGUGGACCUGUAGGGCCUCAAGGACCUAUUGGUCCAAAAGGUGAGCCUGGCCUACAAGGUUUCCCAGGAAAGCCAGGUUUUCCUGGGGAAGUAGGACCCCCAGGUCUUAGAGGACUACCUGGUCCAAUGGGGCCAAAGGGAGAAGCUGGUCACAAAGGUUUGCCAGGCCUGCCUGGUGUUCCUGGGCAAUUAGGACCUAAAGGGGAACCUGGAAUCCCCGGUGAUCAAGGCCAUCAAGGUCCAUCUGGAAUCCCAGGUAUCGCAGGACCCAGUGGCCCAAUCGGACCACCUGGACUUCCAGGACCUAAAGGAGAACCAGGUGUACCCGGUCCACCAGGCUUUCCAGGAGUAGGGAAACCUGGUGUUUCAGGGCUGCAAGGACCACCAGGAAAACCUGGGGCACUUGGUCCACCUGGCCAGCCGGGUCUCCAGGGUCCUCCAGGGCCUCCAGGUCCACCUGGUCCUCCAGUAAUAAUCCCACCCACCCCACCGGCCAUUGGACAAUAUUUGCCAGAGAUGGGGCCUGGCAUCGAUGGAGUGAAGACCCCACCUGGCUAUAUGGGCAAGAAAGGCAAGAAUGGUGGCGCUGUCUACGAAAUGCCUGCAUUCACAGCAGAACUCACCACACCCUUCCCACGGGUAGGGGUGCCUGUGAAAUUUGACAAGCUUCUCUACAAUGGCAGGCAGAACUAUAACCCACUGACUGGUAUCUUCACCUGUGAGAUCCCUGGGAUUUACUACUUUGCCUACCAUGUUCACUGUAAAGGGGCCAGCGUCUGGGUAGCUUUGUACAAGAACAAUGAGCCAUUGAUGUAUACAUACGAUGAAUAUAAAAAAGGUUUCCUGGACCAAGCUUCUGGAAGCACCGUCAUUCAGCUGAUGCCUGGAGACAAAGUUUAUAUUCAGAUGCCAUCUGAACAGGCAGCGGGACUCUAUGCUGGGCAAUAUGUUCACUCAUCUUUCUCAGGAUAUUUAUUGUAUCCUAUGUAA